AUCACACAUGUAUUCUCCUUCCCAGAUGAAGGUUGUGUUGCUUUUCGCCCUGGUCGGGCUGGCGGCUUGUCAAUUCUUCGGGCGUCAACCUCAGUUCUCGAGCUUCAAUAGGUUCCAAGGGUCUCGGGGCUUUGGUGGUCAAGGCUUCCGCGGUCAAGGCUUCCGUGGUCAAGGCUUCGGUGGUCAAGGCUUCGGUGGUCAAGGCUUUGGUGGUGUUCAGCCUGAUGACGUCCGCGGCAGAAGUCAGUACUACUUCUCCUGGAGACACGACAAUGGCAGGAAGUACACCGGCGGACAGGCUCACGGCUUGUGUACAAGUCUGGGCGGCGGGUGGCAGCCUGUGGGCAUCAGCUCCCAUGACGAGCUCCAGUACAUCAACAGCAUUGUUGGCUCAAACCGACUGGAAUACAUCUGGACCGGCGGGGUGAGAAAUGGCCCCGGCUUCAGGUGGAUCAAUGGAGAACCUUUUAAUGUUGUUGGCUGGUCACACACCGGAGGAUUCGGCAUCCCUCAACCCGACAACCGUGAGGACGGCCAAGAGAACUGCCUGGCGGUCCUCAACAACUUCUACCAGGACGGUAUUAGGUGGCACGAUGUGGGAUGCCACCACCCGAAGGCAAUCAUCUGCGAACGUCAUAUAUAAAUUGCCACAAAAACCAGCCCCAUGCUCUUAAGGGUUAUAUUCAUGCCCGUGUCACCUCUUGGGUGGCUUGAUCUUCAUCAGUCAGUCAAUCGCCCCUGCUCUCUCUCUCUCUCUCUCUCUCUCUACCCAACCACUUGGGCUGGACGGUAGAGCGACAGUCUCGCUUCAUGCAGAUCGGCGUUCAAUCCCUGACCGUCCAUGUGGUUGGGGCACCAU